AAACACCCGCUACUAUCGAUUAGUCGCGUGGCAGUCGGUCGUGUCAUGGAGGAUCUCUUACUGCAGAUUAUAAGGGAAGCUCAAAAUGCAAAAUUACAAAAUUUACGAAAAGCGGCGCAAGAAGCGUCAGAAUUUAUGGAUAAACAGCAGGGACUAUUGAGGGAUCCUCCUCAUGAGUUAAGGGCCAAAUGUUUGCGUGCUAUUCAAUUGGCACUGGAAACAAAAAGAAGUAAAUUUGUAGCAUUUGGUCUUUCUGGAUUACAUAAAAUGCUAAGGGAUGAUAGAUUUCAAUCACCAUAUGAACCAGAAGAUGAUUCCUUAUGGUUACCUGCACAAAUGUUACAUGCAAUGGGAUCAAUUUUAUCUCAAUCUGAUGAUACUCAAACCGAUAUGCUUAAAGUUUUACUCCAAGUUGCCUGUUCACAAUAUUGGACGAUGAAUGGAAGGUUAAUCAUUGCCAUAUUAACGACAUGCUGCGAAGCCUUUGAAAAUGGAAAUCAAGCCGUGAGAACUGCAGCUCAGGCAGCAACAAGUCAGACGUUGAGAUCUUUUUGCCUUUUUUUGGAUGAGGAGUGCCAAGAAAUGGAUGAGAACGCAAAGCGAAACAAAAACGUUCGUGAGAGAGGAGUGUCUUGCUUCAAUGAGGCGUUACCAAUUCUUCAAUACAUUUGUUGCAAGUUGGACGAGGCUCAAAAGAAAUGUUGUUCCAACAGCACACGUAACGGAAGUACUGUCGUCUUUCUUUUGGAGUGUCUUCACACUCUAAUAUCAUCACUCCCACAGAAAAUCCACACAAACUCUCACUUCACCACAUUUCUUUGGCAAAAAUUCUGUCCUGCUCUUAUAGCCUUUCUUGGAACGCCACGAGUGGACAAGUCCUUUACAUCACGCGAGGGUAAAGAAACGGAAGUGGGACGAGGUUCUGGAUAUUUAACAACUUCACUAAGCUUCGACAGUCAUCAAGCUAAAACUGUUUAUAGCAUUGGCACAGAAUUGGUACGCUUGGUUGGCUGUGUUGGUCCACUUAGACCUGUUUUAGAAUCAGUGUUUCAUAGAAUGUUACUUUAUCCACCUCCUCAACAUCGCUUAGAGCCCCUAAAAGCGUUGAGGGAACUUCUACGUAGUCCCAGUCGUAUGGUUGAUUUUGCUGGACCACUACUUGUCGAAGAAGAUAAAUCUUGCCAACUACAAAGUGAUAUGGCGUUAAUGAGACUAGUUAUGGACUCAAUUGAAGAGUCAAUAAGUUCUGGUGUAAAUGUCCUUCAUGCGAGCGUUGCUUGUAUUGUUGCAAUGCUAUCGGCACUUCAAGAAUUAUGCGAAGGAAAAGCAAUAAGUCACAAAUAUACAUGCACAAUUAAUAGUCUCUAUGAUGAUCUUGAAUCAUGUGAUUAUCGUGGUCCAUUGACAUAUCAAUCGAUGGCACGUCUUCCAAAAACUUAUCGUGAACAAUUGGAACUAAUGAAAAAGGGAACCUAUUCGGAUUCUGAAUCAUCAGGUCAUGGUCCAUCUGAGGAUGGUGAUUCAACUGAUACUGAAGGUCCACACGAGUCUGAUGAUGUUAAUGAGGAUACAAGUAUUGAUGAUACUGAUUAUGCAUUGGAAAAUGAACGCGAACGAUUAAGAUUGGAGAAAUUACCAAAAUGUUUACAUGUUGGUCGACAAGUUGCUGAGGAAUGUAAUGUUGAUGUUGAACGUCAUAAUGCGCGACGUUUUGUUAAAACAUUGAGAAGUGAUUUAAUACCAAUGAUUCUUAGUUUGAGAAGUAAUAUUGAGGUUGAUGAAGCGUUGCAGAAUUUUGCUUCCGAAUAUUGUCACAGUGUAUUUACUUCACAACAGAAAUUCCAAGAACAAUGUGAUUCUAAUAAAGAUUCUUGUUCGUUGCUUACAAUUAUGAAUGCUGAUGGAAUAUAUUUAGCAACUUAUGCUGCAUUACUUCUUAAUUUGAAAUUAAUUAAACUUAAUUAUUAUGAGGAAGAGGGACGACAGGUGCCAAUUAACGAGGAACAAUUUGUUGAAGAGGUACACGGAUCAGGAGUAUUGGUUUAUUUAUCAGCAACUUGGCUCUCUGAAUUGUAUCAACAAAUUUUAGCUUGCAAUCUUCUUGAAAAAAGUGGUUAUAAUCCAAAUUCAACAGAAAACAGUGCACUUGUUAAUGUUCUCAUUGAUGUCGAUGGAAUAAGCGGAAGUCAAAGAGGUGGACAAUUUCUCUCUGAUUUCCGUCGAUUAGAACGUGCACAAUUAUCGCGUAGUGAACCCACAACAGAAGCAGAAGCCGGUGCCAAAUUAUCAAGACGUGUGUUGACAUGUUGUUGGGACAGUAUGAUUGCUGUUCUUGCAACAGGUUUAAAUCCAUGUAAAGAAGAAAGUGGCAAGGGAAUAUUAAAUAAAGACGGUGGCAGUAGAUGUGUCAAAGAUACAAUUAUUUUAGCAUUGGAGGGCCUUCAUAAGGCGGCAAUUUUAAGCAAUAUUUUAGGAUUGCAAAAUCGUUGCGGAGCUAUAUUUGCCCUUUUGGCAAAAGCCGCAUGUUCUGAACAGUCAAUUUCAAAAUUGAGAAGAACCAAAGAUGUUCUUAGGCUGAAAUUACAGAAUAGAGCAACUAAUUUACAUUCGUCACAUGCUUUAAGUAUGGAAGUACUUUUAGGCAGGGGUUUAGAAUUGGGUAGCCAUGGAAGUGAUUGUUGGCCUCAUAUUUUUACUUGUUGCCUCUAUGUAAGUAAAUUGGAACAUGAUUUCUUUGGAAAGAAUCAAAAUCCAACAAUGCCAAAGGUGCAGCAUAAAAAGGAGAAAAAAGAAACAGAUACGAAAUCAAAUAAACUGAAUUUUAACAUUGAUGAUGAUGAGACAUGCGUUGAUGUGUACAGUUUUCUAUCGAGUCCCUAUACGCAAAAUAUUGGAAUAGACACAAUUCCGGAAAUAAUUCAAGAAUCAAAUGCCGAUAGUCAGUUUAAUGGUAUUCUUCCCGCUGAUUAUGCAGCAAAAAUAAUUUGCGUUCUCUCACAGCAGGUGGAUAGAUUAUUUGAGGAUGCAGCAUUAAAACUGAAUUUACGUGCUCUUUGUUUCUUUUUAACCGCAUUGUGUAAAGCUAGUAAGGAUCAGCUAUUCAAAAAUAUUGAUGGUGUCAAGGAGAACAGACGAGUCUGGUGGAGGAGAAGUAAACCAAGAGAAGAUGAAUUAAACGUUCUGCUGUUGAGUAGAUUGGGAGAAGUAAUGUUGAAAUGUGUUAAAAGUGGAAGACCCUUGAUUCACGUGAUGAGGGUUUGGAGUAUUUUAGGACCACAUUUUAUGGAAGCAGCUUGCCAUAAGGAUCGUAGUAUUUCGAAAAAAGCUGUUCAAUGUAUUCAUGAUUCAAUGACAGCGCUGUUGAACGAACAAGUUGAAUUGGCUCAUUUUCAUUUUAAUGAAGCUCUCUUUAAACCAUUUGAAAAUCUUCUUUGUUUGGAAUUAUGCGAUAGCGAUGUUCAAGAUCAGAUUGUCAGUUGCAUUUGUGAAUUUGUUGAGACAAAUCGAACUGAAAUACGUUCAGGUUGGCGUCCACUUUUUGGUGCAUUGAGAAUUGCCUCGGUUGGCAAUUCGGAUAGUGUUGAAUCAGCGCCACUAUUGGAAGUAUUUCGAGUAUUCCUUUCAACGGAUAAUACAUUGGUGUUUGCGAAUGCAGCACUCGAUUGUAUUUUAUGUCUAUUGAGACACGUGAGAGGUUCAGCUGAGACUGACAAUUUGGAUAAUGAUCAGGAUAUUGAUAUAUUGGAGGCAAGAAAAAUGCGAUUGUGCGUUGAGAGUUUGAAAUAUCUUUUGAGUUGUAGUGAUAUUUUAGCGUCAAUGUAUAGAAUGCCAGCGUGUCCAAUAUUUCAUUCGGCACAACGUAUACCAAUGUCAACAAUUCCACAGUAUGUUGAUCCAAAUAUUCCAAAUGUUGAAAUAAUGAAAUUUGAUGAGAAAAUUGAUGAGAAUAUACCGGAAAUGUCUUAUGAUAUAUUGACAAAAAUUGAUCCUAGUCAAACGAUGACAUUGCAGAGUUUGGAUAGACCAAGUGGUAUAUUGAGAGUAUGGUAUAUUUUAAUAGAAGGUUUGGCUAGCGCAACAAUGAUUUGUCCACGAAGAUAUCAACCACAUGUUCUUGAAACAUUUUUUCAUUUAUUGAGAGAUACACUAAACGUUCCGGGACCAGCGUUUGGAUUAUAUUGUGUAAAUCAUUUACUGUUACCAAUGGUGCAAAAUUGGUUAAGAAAAACGGCGAAAAUUGUUCGUGGUUGGGAUAAUUUUGCUCCUAAUUUUAAACAAUGCUGUGGACUAACGACUGAUUUGGUUGUUGAUUUUGUCACUUAUCUACAAGGACCAGAAGUGAAAAGGAAUGAUACAUUUCUUCCGGCUACGACGUUAAUGUUGAAGCAAUUAUUAUUGGUAAUGGCAGAAUGUGUUGUUCAACCAACUGAAAGUAUUGCACGUCUUGGCUGUGCUUGUAUCAGACACAUGUUGGUGAGUAGUGGUCCAAAUUUGACACCGGAACAGUGGGAAGUUUGCGGUGUGGCUUGUUAUAGAGCGUGCUCGCAUUCUCUUCAGGAGUUACAUCAAUUGACAAUGGCUUUUUCGCCACGUUCAGAAUCUUUUUACGGUGACGUUGCCCAAGUGAAGGUAGCGGCACGUCGUGAUGUUUCGGCUGAAGAAUCGGAACGUUUACGACAACUUGCUUCACAGGUAUUCCUCCUAGAGGAACAACGAGCAGAUGAUAAUUUAAGGUCUUCCGAUGGCAGAUCUUAUGUCUUCCUACUAUAUCCCCAAUCGAUUGAAACAACUCUUAACCCUGAUUUGUAUAUAAUAAGAGUACAUCUGAGAGCUUUAGUUGUUGGACUUGUGGUUCAUCAAAUGCUUCUUCAUUGCAUUGCAAGUGUCCUUCUUCAAGGCUUUGGUCCCCUAAUGCCAAGUAUUUCUCAUGUGAUCCUAGGUCCAAUGACAUCAUCAAAAUUACCAACAUCAGCUGGCCUUGUGAAUUUAAGGCCCCAUCAUAUUGAAACUUUUCUUGCUGCUCUAGAUCUUUCUUAUUCGGCAGCUUUAAAGUUUGAUGCACGACCAAGUCUCAAAUUUCUAGUUCAAAAAGUCGCGAAUUUAGAAAAGCCAGCUAAUCUCUAUCGACAAGCUGCAGCCUCUUGGAUGAUUAAAAUUAUGACACUUUUUGAAUUAUCCCUACGUGAAAUUGAACGAACUAAUGUUGAUCUUGAUAAUGUGAAAGCCCUCCUGCGAAUUGAUUCAAAGAAUCAUGAUAAAUAUUCAGAUCUUGUGAAAUAUUUGAAAUAUUUACGUGUUGCAUUUAAUGAAUUGUGUGAGACUUAUUCUGCAAUUGUAAUGGAUAAGGACGGUAGAUAUACACGUAUUGAUGGGUUUUCCGAGAGAAAAGUAUUUCUCCUUGUUGCACAACCUGAUGAGUACGCUGAAAUUAAAGAUGAACCACCGCAAGACGAUGGAAUUGAGGAAAAUACUGGAUUUACAACUGAUGAUGAUGAUCAUGAUGAGGAUAUUUAUAAUCCUAAUGUUGAGGAAGAAUUAGAGGAAUUGGGUUUGAAAGUUGAAAAUGAAAAGGACGAGAGACCUUUUAGACUUUCGGAUUUAGCUGUUGAAUAUUCAACUGAUUCGGGUCCUGAAUCCGAACCAGAAACUGAUGAUUCAAGACCUGCUUCGAGAUUAGGUUCAAUAAAUGAUAGAAUUGUUUAUCCCGAUCGAUCAGGAUGUACAUCAAGUGAAGGAUGUAUUGAUUCGAAAAAUUCAUUUACACCCGAACCACUCAAGAGUUGUUCGAGUGAGGAUCAACUUACAAUUAAACUAAAUCCAAGAUCAAAAAGUACUGUCGAGAAAAGAAAAUGGAAUAAAGAUGAAUAUGAAGAUGUGGAAAUGGAGAGAACACCAUGUAAAUAUUUUGAAAGAAGAAAUAGUGACAUUUGUAUUAUGUCUCGUGGAAUUGAUUUUGAUGAAAAACUUUCUAAUAAAGUUUCAUUACGAUCAAAAUCAGCAAUGGAACUUCAAUCAUUUGAUUUAAAAAAAUUGCAAAAUCAAUCGAGAAUGAAAAAUGCAUUGGAAUUAAAUCCUUCUGAUAAUGUUGAAGCACUAUUGGAGGAUUAUAAAAGAAGUAAAAGGGGUUUUAGAACGAAUCCUUUUCUUGAGGACGACGAUGAAAAGAUGCUUGUUGCAAAUCAAUAUAUUUUCAGUCAAGUAUUUGAAUUUGAAUUUCAAAAGAGAAGUACAAUUAAUAAGGACAGUGAGGCACAUCGAAAAGCAUGGGCUGAAACUUUAAAUGCAACAUUCGAUUCGGUUUUGGCACUAUCGGAUGAGCGAUUGGCGCCGUUACUUCCGGUCCUGGUAGGCGGUGUCAGAAUUUUGACGAGACACGCAACUGAUCCGUCUCUAAAGCAGAGAUUAUCGGCUGUCUUUCAACGCAUCAUAACAAUAUAUGGCUUGGCAAGUAAAUAAUAAGCGAAAAAAUUGUUAUUGAAUAAAUUGAAGACAAAAAAAAGAAGAAAGGAAUGGAUAAAAAAAUAAGGAAGUUUAAAAAGAAAUUUUCAAUUUUUCUUUAUUUGCAAAGAAAAAUUUUAUUCUUUGAGAAUUUUUAAAAAAAUUGUCUCCAUUUUUAUAGUCUAUAUUAAUGAAAACUUUUGUUUGAGGCAAGUAAAAACUUUAGUUUUCAAUUAUUUAUUUGCUUCAAAUAUAAGUUGUGAUAUUUUUAUUACAACGUUGUAAAUAUAUAUAUUUUAUUAGAUUUCAUUUGAAGAAACGUUAUAUUAGUUUUCAACUGCAAUAGCUUUUUCUAUAAAUAAAUUUAAAUGCUUUAUAUUAAAUGUUGGUAUUGUAAUAACAAUUUUUAUUGCUCGGGCUAGUCUUUUGAAAAAUGUGUAUAUUUAACAUUAAUUAUUAAAUUCUAAUUUUUUUUCGAUAUGUUUUAAGAAUUUGACGUGCAUAAAAAAAAUAUCUUUAAUCUAAAAGAGAAAAUUUAUGUAUUUAGUUAGCAAAAAAAAAGAGCAAUGAACAAAAAGUAUAUUCAUAAAUGUAAAUCUUUAUGUGCGCGUUUUUACAAAAGGGGUUAAGAGUAUAUUGAAAUAUUAAUGAGAAUGAGCAGAAAAUUCAGUAAAAAAUUUUUGAAGCAUUUUCUCUCUUAUUUUCUGCAAAAAUAUCAACAAGAAUCUCUCUUUUUUUAAAAAAUAAUUUAAAAAAUGCUAUUUAACGCGCAUCAGAGGACUUUACGCAUGCGCGUUUAAAAAUUGCGCUUGCGCGAUACGAGUCUAACCUUUAAAUAGUUGGCUACUUAAGUAGCCAUCAUUUUUUGAUGAUAAUUUUACUUAUCAAAUAAAUAAUUUCAGAGUAUGAAUAAAUAAUGUAAGAAAAAUGUAUAAGAUUAUGGAAGAUGAGCGUUAUUUCGAAUGCUAUAUAUUGUAAAGUAUUUCAGUAUUUUUGCGAUGAAUGGCCAUACAAUAAAUGACAAUAUACGCAAGCUGUCUUGCUUUUUGGAAUAUA